CGCCGGACAAUCUGUAACGUCAGUCCCUCGAGCCUCCGCGCCGUGCUCCCGUCGUGCUUCGUCCGGCCUACGAAAGCAUUACCGCAUAUCUGGAAACUUCUCACCGGUCGUAUAGAAGACCCGAUCCUGCACCAAACACCACCUCCUACGAUGACUCCUUGACCCGCCUCCCACCCGCCUCUCAUCCCACCAUAUCAUCCAAACCCUCCACUCAGCCUUCCACCUCCCACUUACACCUCUACAUCCAUCCAUUUCGUAUCAUCACGAACCUCCUCCUCCUUCUACAACAAUGUCCUCCAUCCCCCAAACCCUCUGGUCCGCCCAGAUCCCCCUCCACAUAAUCCACCCCUCCGCCCCAAACACCCCGCUCGUCACCUCACUCCCGCGCUUCUCCUACCUAGCCCUCCUCGUCCCCCGCUGCUCCGCCUUCUUCCGCCACCCCGUCUCCGCCUUCCACCACGAGGACCUCCUCCUCCGCAACCUGCCCCUCGGCCUCCUCGUCGACCUCUAUCAGCCGACUUUACCCUGGCGUUUGACCGUUAGUGACGGCGAUAGCUGGGAUAUCGGCGACACCUUUCUCAACUGCGUCAAAGAGGCAGAUUUCGUCCGUUACGGCAACGCAAAACGCAUAAUGUCCCUCUCCAAAGCAGACACCUCAUCCCUCUGGAACGCAGUCCAAGACAACGACUACGCCUCCUUUGCAAAAAUAAACGCCCUCCUCCUCAACGCCCCGACCCCCCUCCGGAACGUGCCCCUGCGCGUCUACAUCCCGUCCUCGCCCCCGCCCGGGACCGGUAGCAACACCGUCACAAACACCAACACCACAUCGCCACCACCAACCUCACAACAGGUACCUCCAGCAACAUCACCAGCACCAGCACCAGCAGGAGACACCCCAGGGCCGGGCGCCUUCAAAGUCCUCCAAACCCUCAUCCCCCCCGUCAUCCCCGGCACCCGCACACGCCAGACCCUAGGCCGCGCGCUGCAGUCCCACCUGCCCAGCUUAUUCCCCUCCAGCCGGGACCCGGUCCUCGCCAACGUCGUGCUGCACGGCUCGCCCGUGCCGUUUUCGGCACCGUUGGAGGAUCUGAUGCGCGAGGCGGCGUAUCCGGAUGGUUGGCUCUGUUUGGCUGUCGUGUUGCUGUGAAAGAGAGAACGAGAAAUGGGGUGGGGGUGACUGGGUACCGGUACUGGAGGUAGACUCGGCGUGGAUGGGCAUCUUAUGGCUUCAGGCUAGGGCUGGAGUUCAUGGAGUACGGUUUUGUUAGUGGAAUCUAGGAGAUGAGAAAUUCGGUGGUUAUGAUCAACCGCAUGGGUUAUGUGCCCAUAAAGAUAUCGGAACUUUACGGAGAGAUGAUUAAAAUCUUUCGUGGAAUUCAUUCGACUGAAAAUGCGAGCUGCACUCCAAACAUCUCCAUUAAGCACAGCAGCCAAUAUUCGAGCCUCUCCUUUUUCCGCGCGACAGAUUGUAAGGGUUGACUCUUGAAACCUGCAUAUAGCGCAUCUGUUGUGUCUUCUACAUCUGCCGUCAUAACACUCGACGGCCACAAGUUCUUAGUUGGAAGACAUAGGUACAGAACAGAGGGGAACUCAUUAUGUUUUGGAACCAUGA